UGGCCCCAGCCCUGCAUGCGGGGUCUCAGCAGAGGGGCAGAAUCCCCUCCCUGCCCCUGCUGCUGGGCAUCAGCACAGGACAAGUCGGCUCUGUGCUGGCAGUGCUCCGUGCUGGCUCAUGCCCAUCUUUUCACCCACCAGUUCUCCGUGUGGCCGUGCCCAGUGGCAUGUGGCAGGCAGGUUUUGCUUCCUGGUCCCUCUAGGAGUUCCCUGCUGGCUUUUCGCCUGCGUGAGCAGUGCUUGGGCGAGCGCCGAGGUGGGGCCGCCCGGUUCCCGGGCUGGCAAAGCAGGCUUUCCAGCCUCGGUCCUGCUCUGCAGCCACCGAGCUCCCCCCUGGCCCCGCAGCAUGUCCCUGCCACGCACGGUGGCUGGGCCUGGAGAUCACACCGCGGGGAAGGGAGACUGAGCCUGGGAAGGAGACCUGGUGGUCAGCACAGCAUAGCCAUGGUGGUGGCAGCCAGGAAAGGUGGGGUGACAGGCUCCCCCCUCACCAGCAGCCCCGUGUCCAUCAGCAGCACGGCUCAGCCAGGGUUCCUGGGUGGCUGGCUCAGCCGGAUCCCAUUACCCAGAUGGGCUCUCAUUGCUGUGGCUGUGGCAGUGGCCAUUCUCUUCCUCCUCUUCCUCAUCUGCAUCAUCAAGUGCUGCUGUUGCAAGAAGAAGCCCAAGAAGAAGGAGAGAGUGGGUUUACUUGCUGUCAGCAGCUCCACCACAGCCAACUUUGUCCAACCUGAGAUGGAGGACCUGGAGCAGGGCACGGAGCAGAUGUGGCGAGGGAGGCUGCAGUACUCCCUGGAGUACAACUUCCGUGCACAUGAGCUGAAGGUUGGUGUGAAGCAGGCAGCUGAGCUGAAAGCCAUGGACAGUGGGGGCACAUCUGAUCCAUAUGUGAUUGUCUACCUGACGUCUGAUAUGAAGCGGAGAUAUGAGACCAAGGUUUACCGCAGGACCCUGAGCCCUGUCUUCAAUGAGACCUUCACUUUCCAGGUGCCACAGGCAGAGGUUCCUGAAUCCACACUGGUGAUGCAGGUGUAUGACUUCAACCGCUUUGCCAAGCAUGACAUCAUCGGGGAGGUCCGGCUGCCCCUGGCCAAAGUCAACCUGCAGCACGUCAUCGAGCAGUGGAGUGACCUGGCAGCAGCCAGCAAAGUGGAGGAGGAGCAGUUGGGCGAGAUCUGCUUCUCGCUGCGCUAUGUGCCCAGCACUGGCAAGCUGACUGUGCUCAUCCUGGAAGCCAAGAAGCUGAAGCGGAUGGACUCCCAUGGGCUUUCAGAUCCUUUUGUCAAGGUGCAUCUCAUCCUGAACAGGAAGAAAUGGAAGAAGAAGAAGACAAGUGUGAAGAAAAACACCUUAAGCCCUUACUUCAAUGAAGUCUUUGUCUUUGAGGUGCCUUUCAGUCAGAUCCAGAACGUGGAUGUGGUCAUCUCCGUCUGGGACCAUGACAAAGUGACCAAGAACGAGCCCAUUGGCAAGCUCUUCCUGGGCUGCCGCGCCACGGGCAACCAGCUGCGGCACUGGUCCGACAUGCUGUCCAACCCACGCCGGCCCCUCGCCCAGUGGCACAGCCUGCAGCCCCCAGAGGUGGUCGACAAAGCCCUGGGCUUGAAGUCCCACCUCAAGCUGCCCUUGACCUCCAGAUAGUGGUGGUCUUCUGCUCCACCUGAGGGGCAGGGUGGAAGGCUUGUAGAGGUGAAGGGCUUUGUCUUGGUGGCAUCCAGAUGCGUUAGUCCCAGCUCGGCGUUAGCAAAGAGGGGACUGGGGACUCUUUUGGGCCAGGGGAUGAUCUUGCUGCUGGUGCAGCUUGUGCCCUGUGUAAUGCCUGGAGCAGGGCAGUUCAGGACCCCAGGGAAAGGCUGGCUGUGGAACAAAAAGGAUGCCAAAGGAGAAGACAUGUGCACAGGACCCAGCUUGUCCCAUCUGCUCGUGGGCCAGGGGAACAAAUGACAGAAUCUCAGCAUGGUGGGGGUUGGAAGGAACCUCUGGAGAUCAUCCAGUCCAACCCCUCUGGUCACCCACAGAAGCUUGCUCAGGAUCACAAUGUCCAGGUGGAUUUGGAAUCUCUCCAGAGAAGGAGACUCCACAACCUCUCUGGGCAGCCUGCUCCAGGGUUCUGACACUCUCGAAGUAAAGAAGGCUUCAAGUUGAUGCAAACCCACUGAGUCCAUUGAUCUUUUAAAAGCAGGGCACUGAUGUGCCAUCAGCCUGGGGUGGGAGGCUUCUUUGGUAGUGAGCAACUUGGCAAGAGGUGAGUUCUUGGCAAGACUUUGUGUGUCCUGUGAAGGCUCAGAGACAAGACCAAGCUGGUGAAGCACACUGACAGGCCAUGCAGACAGGGGAGGUUUUGGAGAUACAAGAUUAGCUCUUCAGUG